AUGGGAUUUUGUUCAACCACGAAUCGCCGCGCCGCGGGGGCACUUUUGUGACGAAGAAGGUAUAUAGGAUGUGUGAAGGAAACUGAAACAGUUUCCUUUGUUUUGAAUCGGUAUAAUAAGUACUCUUCCCUCCUGGUCGCUGUAGUACCUAUGUAGUAUAGUGUACAUCUCUAAACAAGCUCCACAUCGAACGACAGCCCGCAUAUGCUGUUGUUCAUCAGCUUUUUUCAUCUUAACACACGACCUUCUGAAGAAAUCUUUUUUCGUACCAGCACACGGAUCAAAGGGAAGUGAGUGAACAAAUUCGCCGCUGGCUCGUACGUAGUUGUGCUGCUUUGUAGCAUCGUUUCAUCACAUGCUCUUAAAGCUGAUAGUACUCAAAAUAAAAAAAGGUGACCACCGGUGUUGCGCAGAUUUGCGCCGGGAUCAAGGACCGCAUCACCUUGGGAAACCUGGACGCCAAGCGCGACUGGGGCCUAUCAAAUGCAAAAAUGUCUGGGUCUGGAAGAUUGCGAGAUUGGUCAUGCUUGUCUGGCAUGACCAAAAAGUUUGUGAUGCGUGUCCAAGAAGAGACCCUUUUGCUUGUCCUGCAAAUAAAACGCAGUUUGUCAUGCGAAAAACGCAACACAAAGAAGCGCAGAUAUUUCUCAUGCUUGGCUGUGCAUUACAGAGCAUUCACUACUCCCAACGCAGCAUUACAAGUUUCCAGACCCAGACAUAUUUGCAGUUGAUAGAGCCACGCCUACGACUACGUGCGGGGCAUGUGGAUGAUGCUGCAGCAAGACGUGCCCGAGGAUUUUGUAAUCGCUAUGAAUUGCAAAAAAGUACUAUCUGAUACUAGGAGAAAUCGCAUGACAAACUUCCUUAGCAUGAUGAGAAGGGAAAUUUGCAAUGCGGAUUUGAUACCUUGAGAAGGAUAACAGGAAAGUUGUAUAUGCAUGACUGCAAUUAGAAGUAUAGUACCAGUGCGGUGCUUUUGCUAUGCAUAAUCGCAACCGGGCGACAGUACUCCGUGCGCGACCUGUGCGAGCUGUCCUUCCGCAUGUAUCAAAUGCAAAUAUGUCUGGGUCUGGAAACUUGUGAUGCAAGGAAGGGAAUAGUGCAAACACUCUAAUGCGCUGCCCAGCAUGACAAGUUUUGCCGUGGUUCUGACUUGCGUAAUCCGCAUAAGAAAUUGCGUUGUUGCAUGACAGGCAAGCGGAGCUCUUCGCGGCCACGCAAUACAGAACUCAGAGUCAUGCCAGACUAGCAUGACAAUCUCUCAGACCCACACAUAUUUGCAUUUGAUAGCAUGGCAGGACACCCGAUCCGAUGGCAGGGCAGCGGGGUGCAUAUGGCGUUCUCAAAUGUUUACUACAGUGCUCGCUGUCACAUGAUUUGCCAUGCAAAAUCCCUGUCUCUAUCCGCCUGAUGUCUACAAGAUCACGCGCCAUCGCACGACGAAUGCUGCACGCAUGAGGAAAAGAUCCGUUCCAAAUUUGUAAUGCGAGGCACGCAAACUCCACGUCCGGCGGCCCCUAUUUAGCUUCAGCUUCACUUUUGCUAUUCUUGCAUCACAAGUUCAUGUGACAGUUAUCACUGUAAGUAAGCCCAUUUGAGAACUCCAUAGUGCACGAAGAGGGUGUCGAUACGGUCACGGGGAAGGUCGUCAUCGGUGUCAGCGAGAAGUAUAUCCCACGAAAAAACUGUUUCACUGUGGUGAUUUUGCGAGACCUGCAUCACAAGUUUGUUACACAUGAAACAGAAAAUUUGCCAUGCGCGGUUCCCAAGGGAAAACACGCUUGAAAAUCCAAUGUCUUGCAGGUGUAGCAAGACAAACAUUUUGGUGUUUCAUUUUCUGCAUCACAAGUUCACAGUGAAACAGUUUUUUCUUGCGAUAACGUACUACCGACCAACGGAAGUCGAGACGCUGUUGGGCGACCCAACCAAGGCGAAGAAGAAGAUGGGCUGGAAGACGGAGAUCGGGUACUGCUGA